AUGUCGACGCCCCUUACUCUUUCGGAAGCCAGAAGCGAACGACUGCGAAUCGGAAGUGCUACCAUCUGCUUUUACGGUAUGGGUGCGCUAAGCCGUGUGGAUUGGAGGUCUUACUUUCCUCCACUCUCAUAUCGCUCUUUCAUGAGGCAUUAUCUGCCAGCUUCCGGUGCUAUUUCUCACACGCUCUUCGCUGUUCACAUCUUCAACCCAACAUUCGUUUCGAGAAUCUUCACUGUUGGGGAUCUUGCUGCCAGUAAUACGGUCCUGUUCACAGCUAAUCUUGGGCUCGGUUUCUACGUAUAUUUCCGCCACCACAUGCAUCGAUUAAAUCCUUGGGAUCGAGUGGAGUUCAGUGUUUUCUCGACUACACUGUUCAACUUCGGCAGUCUUCUUGCUGCUGUGCUGAUCAAAGCUUUGCUGCCCAACAAAACGCCAACCUGGACACGGUGUCUUUUGGGUUCUGCACUGAGUGUCUACCUGCUUUCCAGAGCUCACAAGUAUUUGCAUUUUGUCGAUGAAAGAUCAACGAGGAAGAUUCCUUCUCCAAGAAGCAUGCGUUCGCCCGUCGUGAAUCUUGAAAAGAAUGGCCGUUCGCGGACUGUUGCGGACGGUGCCACACUUCUUUCGAACGGACACGAUGCUGUUAAUGACGGUGAUGCAUCAAGUGGUUACGGAACGAUGCGAAACGGAGCUUCAUUGACCGUUCCCUAA